AGCCAUUUGUGAGCACCAGGAAUAUGGCAACCUGUGCGUGGCUUGUCCUGGGAGGAACUGACUUCAGUCAUCGUGAUGCCUAAGAAUCAAGUGUGACGUUUCUCCAGGUACUUCAUGGUGUUCUCCUCCAUCCUCUCCACACCACUGCUCUACGUGGCUCCUGAAACAUGGGGGAAAACGAGGACGAGAAGCAGGCCCAGGCCGGGCAGGUUUUCGAGAACUUUGUCCAGGCUUCCACGUGCAAAGGCACCCUCCAGGCCUUCAACAUCCUCACACGGCACCUGGACCUAGACCCUCUGGAUCACAGAAACUUUUAUUCCAAGCUCAAGUCCAAGGUGACCACCUGGAAGGCCAAGGCCCUGUGGUACAAACUGGACAAGCGUGGGUCCCACAAAGAGUAUAAGCGAGGGAAGUCUUGUAUGAACACCAAGUGUCUCAUCAUUGGAGGAGGACCAUGUGGUUUGCGCACUGCCAUUGAACUUGCCUACCUGGGGGCCAAAGUGGUCGUGGUGGAGAAGAGGGACACCUUCUCCCGGAACAACGUGCUGCACCUCUGGCCUUUCACCAUCCAUGACCUGCGAGGCCUGGGAGCCAAGAAGUUCUAUGGGAAGUUCUGUGCCGGUUCCAUCGACCAUAUCAGUAUUCGUCAGUUGCAGCUCAUCCUGUUCAAGGUGGCCUUGAUACUGGGGGUCGAAAUCCAUGUGAAUGUGGAGUUCGUGAAGGUUCUAGAGCCUCCUGAAGAUCAAGAAAAUCAAAAAAUUGGCUGGCGGGCAGAAUUUCUCCCUGCAGACCACUCUCUGUCAGAGUUUGAGUUUGAUGUCAUCAUUGGAGCUGAUGGCCGCAGGAACACGCUGGAAGGGUUCAGAAGAAAAGAAUUCCGUGGGAAGCUGGCUAUUGCAAUCACCGCCAACUUCAUAAACAGAAAUAGCACAGCUGAGGCCAAGGUGGAAGAGAUUAGCGGCGUGGCUUUCAUCUUCAAUCAGAAAUUUUUUCAGGAUCUUAAAGAAGAAACAGGGAUUGAUCUUGAGAACAUUGUUUACUACAAGGACUGCACCCACUAUUUUGUCAUGACUGCCAAGAAGCAGAGCUUGCUUGACAAAGGUGUCAUCAUUAAUGACUAUAUCGACACAGAGAUGCUGCUGUGUGCAGAGAACGUGAACCAGGACAACCUGCUUUCCUACGCACGUGAAGCUGCAGACUUCGCCACCAAUUACCAGCUGCCGUCUUUAGACUUUGCCAUGAACCAUUACGGACAACCCGACGUGGCCGUGUUCGAUUUCACCUCCAUGUACGCCUCCGAGAAUGCAGCCCUGGUGCGCGAGCGACAGUCACACCAGCUGCUCGUGGCCCUGGUGGGCGACAGCUUGCUUGAGCCGUUCUGGCCGAUGGGCACCGGCUGUGCCCGCGGCUUCCUGGCAGCCUUUGACACGGCGUGGAUGGUGAAGAGCUGGGACCAGGGCACUCCUCCCCUGGAGCUGCUGGCUGAAAGAGAAAGUCUUUACCGGCUGUUACCUCAAACGACCCCAGAGAACAUCAACAAGAACUUUGAGCAGUACACUUUGGACCCGGGGACGCGGUACCCAAACCUCAACUCAAACUGUGUCAGGCCCCAUCAGGUGAAGCAUUUGUACAUCACUAAAGAGUUGCACCAGUGCCCUCUCGAGAGGCUGGGCUCAGUGAGGAGAUCUGUCGGCCUCUCCAGGCGGGAGUCAGACAUCCGGCCCAGCAAGCUCUUAACCUGGUGCCAGCAGCAGACCAAGGGCUACCAGCAUGUCAACGUCACAGACCUGACCACGUCCUGGCGGAGUGGCCUGGCCCUGUGUGCCAUCAUCCACCGCUUCCGGCCUGAGCUGAUCAACUUUGACUCUUUGAAUGAAGAUGACACUGUGGAGAACAACCAGCUGGCAUUUGACGUGGCCGAGCGUGAGUUUGGCAUCCCCCCAGUGACGACGGGCAAAGAGAUGGCCUCAGCCCCGCAGCCUGACAAGCUCAGCAUGGUCAUGUACCUCUCCAAGUUCUAUGAGCUCUUCCGGGGCACCCCGCUGAGGCCUGUGGAUUCUUGGCGCAAAAACUACGGAGAGAAUGCUGACCUCGGCAUAGCCAGAUCAUCCAUUUCUCAUAACUAUCUUAACCUCACAUUUCCAAGGAAGAGAACUCCACGAGUGGACAGCCGAACCGAAGAGAAUGACGUGAGCAAGCGGAGGCGGAAAGGCUUCAACAGCCUGGACGAGCCUUCAGCCUUUCCUAGCCAGAGCUUGGGCUCCAAUCAAGAGGGCUGUAAAGAAGGUGGAAAUCAGAACAAAGUCAAGUCCAUGGCAAGUCAGCUGCUGGCCAAGUUCGAGGAGAACUCUCGGAACCCCUCACUCCUGAGGCAGGAGCACCGUGUCUCAGGGAUAGGUAAGCCCAUACUGUGGUCUUCCUCUGACCCUCCUGUUAACUCUCGCCGUCCCAAGCCAGAGGAGCCCACACCCAGCCCAUCACCAACUCUGAAAAGGCAGUUCCCCUUGGUGGUUGUGACGGGGCAUGUGCUCCGAGAGCUAAAGCAAGUGUCUGCUGGCGGCGAGUGCCCGAGCAGGCCCUGGAGAGCCCGAGCCAAGUCUGACCUGCAGCUGGGUGGGCCAGAAAAUCCCGCCGGCCUGCCUGCCACCUGCCAGGGGACGCUGGCCCUCUCCGGGGUGCUGCGGCGGCUGCAGCAAGUGGAAGAAAAGGUUCUCCAGAAAAGGGCUCAGAAUUUGGCCAACAGGGAAUUUCACAAAAAGAACAUUAAGGAGAAGGCGGCUCAUCUUGCCUCUAUGUUUGGACACGGGGAUUUCCCGCAGAAUAAACUACUCUCUAAAAGCCUGUCUCAUACUCAUCCUCCGUCUUCUCCCUCCUGCCUUCCAUCUCCUGAUUCAGCUGCUACUUCCUCUCCAUCGACUGUUGACUCUGUUUCUCCAGCCAGAAAGGCAAAGAAGUCACCUUCAGGCUUCCAUUUCCAUCCCAGCCACUUAAAAGCGCUGUGGCCUCAGGAGUCCAUACGGAAGGCGUUCCCCCUGAACCUGGGUGGCAGCGACACCUGUUAUUUCUGCAAGAAGCGCGUGUACGUGAUGGAGCGGCUGAGUGCGGAGGGCCACUUCUUUCACCGGGAGUGUUUCCGCUGCAGCGUCUGUGCCACCACCUUGCGCCUGGCCGCCUAUGCCUUCGACAGUGACGAAGGCAAGUUUUUCUGCAAGCCUCAUUUCAUUCACUGUAAAACCAACAGUCAGCAACGGAAGAGACGGGCAGAGUUGAAGCAACAAAGAGAAGAGGAGGGGAUGUGGAAAGAGCAAGAAGCCUCUAGGCGAGACCCUCCUGCGGAAAGUUCUUGCGCGGCAGCCGCCAUCGGCACACCGGAAGGCAGCCCCCCAGGUAUCCCCAGUUCCUUCUUUAGGAAGGUGCUAAGCUGGCCCCUCAGGCUGCCGUGGGGCCUGCUUCACCUUCCCCGGAGGCUGCUUAACUGGAUUCAGGGACUCCUGCGUGCCGCCAGUCUGCAUAUCAGGGACAAUGCUUACAACUACUGCUACACGUACGAGCUCCUGAGCCUCGGGCUGCCCCUGCUCUGGGUGUUCUCCGAGGUCCUGGCUUCCAUGUACCGGGAGACCGAGGAGUCCCUCGAGGGCAUCCGCGACUGGCUGCUCAGAUGCUUCUCGGCCAAGCUGCACUGAAGCCUAGCCCCAGAGUGCCGUAACAUUUCCCAUGUAGAUGGCAGCAUGUGCAGCCAGCUCAGGUGCUGGCCAGGGAGCCCCGCGCCCUUUAACCAGUUAUUCCGAAGCCAAAGAGUUUCCCAUCGGCCGCCUGCACCUGGCCUGGUCGCGGUGAACAUCUGCUCCCGGCGCCCAGGCCAGCACGACAUGAAGGAUAUUUUUUUAAACCUUUGUACUUUUAUACCAAAGCGAGCCAUAUUUCUAGGUUUACAUUUCAAUUUUUAACUUUUAAUAAGCCAAGAGAAAGCAUCUUUUUCUAUGAGUGUCAGUUUUUCUAGACACAGGUUUGACGUUUAUAACUGGUAUUACAAACCCUUUCCAUGUUGUGGUCAGUUGUAAUAGCUGCUGCCUGCAACAUGAAUGAUUUGGGCUUCUAUGUAAACCAAAACCAGUGCCUUUUGAUUUAUGUGCCUGGAUACCACUUUUCAACAAUGGACAGUUGUUUGCAACAUGAAAGCAUAAUACUUUAGAAGAAAAAAAUAGAAAGGACAGAAGAGAAUUAAACCUACAGAAGCACAUGGCAGUGUGCAGUCGCCUGUUAUAUGUCCUCCCAGAGGAUGGAGGACUGUUUUGCUCACUUGUUUUGAUGUAAAAUAGUAGCGUAAAGGUUCCUCGCUCAAUACCAAAUCACAGCCAAAUGGCAUAGAACCACAGGGUUUCAAGCAGAUUGCUACAAAUAUACAUUUCCCUUCCCACUAAUGAGCACGGCAGUGAAAGCCCAUUGGCCCCUGACCACAUGGAGCUCCAUCAAACCGAUCCAGUGUUGAAGAGGAGUGAUGUCAGCUGGUGGCAUUUUAAUCCCUCCUUAUAAGGUCCCCAGCCCAGGCUGCAGUCUGAGCCAAGGCCACUCAGGGUCCACAACCAUGAGGCUGAGGGAAGAAACUGCCCUUUCACAUAAUGUCUUUUGAGACCGAGGGCAUUUGUUAGCACCUCCGGGUAUUUUUUCUGGGAAGUGUGGCCUGCCCCGUGAGCAUGGCUUACAGAUGUCCUGGCUUCUUAGCCGCUCGGCUGCCAUGCAUAUUUGGUCAAACACUCUGAAACCAUUUCUUUUCACGCCGUCCUAGCAAAGGAAUGCGUCUGACCUCCAGGGGGAAGCUCCCCUGUGUCUUGACUGUCAGGGGAGGCUGGGAGUGGACGCUAUUACUGACUCAUGCAAAAGAAAUACACCCUAUUAAGGGCAAAACAGGCCUUGGGCCCACCUGCAUUCUUCUCUCUGGGCAUCUGGAAGAGGCCUCAGCUCUCCCGACUCCACUUGCCUAGACAUGCACGGCUGCUGAGUCUGGGUGAACAGUGGAGAUGGCUGAUAGAGAAAGGCCUUCUGCAGUGUUCAGUGUAUCUAGAGUGGCUGGGCCAGAGACGGCUCUCUGCGUGUUAUACUAGAAAGAUCCUUUAGGUUAAAUAAGGAUGGAGCCCAGUAGGUUAGGAGCCAGAGCUCUUGAGGCCUUUGAGAUGCCAAGUUCUCUAGGGUGGGAAGAAGUGGGGAGGCAUUUCUAUAAACACUUCCCUAAGUCCUUGGGCAAAUCAAGGGCAUGGCUGCAGCCAAGGUCGUGGGAACUGGUGCCUCUAUCCUUGUUGGAACUGUUCUCGUCCUAUGACUUACAUUGUGUUUUUCCAAAUUUCUGCUGGUAUUUUAAUGUUCCGCAUGGUGGGAGGAGCCCUUGAUUCAUUUUAUGUUUGAUUCUGAAAGUCACGACAUAAACACAUGCACAGCUGUGUCAUUGUUAUUCCCGUCAACUCAGGGCAGGGUGAGAUGCUUUGUGGGAUGCUCCGUGAAGCCAGAGUUAGGAUCUCUGAGAAUGUCACUUUUGGCCGUAAGGAGACUGGUUUGAAUUACUCUGGCGAGACAGGGCGUGCCUGUCAGAAGCCUGAGAUGUUUGUAUGUUCUGAGACUUUGAACCUUCCUGGUGGGGCAGCACCAAAACACAAAGGUGGAUCCUGGGGGUGGAUGUCUCUGAGCCUCCACAACAUAUUCAAGAAUGAACGUGGGGCUCGAGAGUAAAAUCGGGGCAGAGAGGAUGUGGAGGGCCUGUGGAGGACAGAGGAGCGUCGACCAAUUGCACGGAUUCACUCUUGCAGAUAAGUUGCUGCUUACUGCCAGAAAGGUUCAUCUGUCCUAAGCAAGCCGUAACUUGUUUGGUGAAGUUUCUCUUUUUUUAAUGGUUGCCUCGUUUUCAAUUCCCGUGCUUUCUUGUGUUGCCUUGUGCCCCACAACUAAAUUCUCUUUUCUGUCUCUCUCUUUCCAACCUUACACUGUGGCCGUCAGUUCAUUUCAGCCUUCCGGUGCUACACCCACUUCUUGGCUGACACAAUUCUGCUCUGAGGUGACUGGUUUUCUUGCCAAGUUUCAGAGAGUGGUACUAACCCCUGACCCGCUUUCCGUACCCCAUGCCCCCGCCGUACCCCAUGCCCCCGCCGUGGCCUUGGUUGUGCUAACUGCGAGUGUCUUGCAAACUAAUGGGCUCAUUCAGUGGCAUGGUUGGUGAACAGCAUGGGGUGGUGGUCAGCUCGAAAGCCGUUUCUGAUUCCAUCCCUCUGAGCCAGCUGCCCGGUCCACCCCAAGUGCCUGCCCCACCUCCCCUCUGCGCCCUGCGGCCUGUGUGCAUGCUUUUCUGGUUGCACUUACAAAGCCCCUCACCUUCCUGGGAGGGUUAGCCCUGAAUGUGAGACAGUACCAUAGAGAGGGCGCUUCACCUUUGAAAAGAACUCUUUCAUCUCUCAGCCUCUGAAAAAGCACACGCAUACCAGCAUCUUCUUCAGUUGGUUCUAAUAUAAAGGUUAUCAAUGAAAACCAUAGGUGACUCUUUUUGGAAGGAUUAAAAAAAAAAAAAAUACUCCCAGGCUUCAUCACAAGCUUGACGCAGACUCUGUAUUUUGAACACACAAUCACAAUUUUCCUAGCAAAUCCUUUCUCCACUGCAGCCUGUACUUUACCUCCAAGAGCUUUGCUGUGGCUCUUCUGAUCGCUCUGGGCUCAUAAAGCCCUGGAUGAUACAGAAGCUUCACCUAGAGCAGUCAUUGUCACAGACCAGGGAUGCCUUUGAGAGAUGACUCUGUUCGGGCCCCAGGUGCGGAGCAGCGCAUUUCAAUGCCCCCACGACUCUAGCUGGAGCGGCAGGGCACUCAGAGUGCUUUUAAAGAGAAACACCACACCAAGUACAGUGGGGCUGCUGAAGGCCAGGCCUCGCAGUCUCGGGCUGCAGGUGGUGUGCGUCCUGCAUGCGGCCCAGAGCCAUGCUGACCCUCGCCUGUCUGCACAGCCCUGCAUGCUGCAUGGCUCCCUCGUUGGUGCAGAUCCUAGCCAGGACCAAGUCACUGUUCUUGUCUUAUCUUCUCUUGCAGAGUCUCCCCCCUUUUUAGAAUGUCAACCAAAGAGUGCCCUCCUCCCUCCAGCCUCCUCCUUAGCUAGCCUCCCCACCUCAUCACCACGCAUGUUUGUGACCUUUGGUAGUCAUUACAGUGCCACAUGGAACCCUGUAUUUUGCACACGGCGGACAAUGUUUAGCUUUAUUUAUGGUAUUUGAUGCUGUAAAUGAAAAU